CUGCAUGUGUUCCAGCUGGGGCAGAGGGAUGCCGCCAGGCUUCCACUCCGUUUCAUGUAACAGCAGCCGAACCACGAGAGAUGCUUUUUCUAGAACUGAUUCCCCAAGACCGUCUGACUGACUGCAGUUUAUGGGCCACAGGCAGCUGGGGCAGAGCCAUCCUCCCAGUUUACUUCCACUUGCAUGAGAGGCGCUCAGAAUAAACAUCCCGGGAAGCGGAUGGACUGACAUCAAAGUCUUCAAUUCCUUUUCCAAUUUUGAUCUCAGCAGUCCUUCCCACACAGGUCUACGUAGGUUUUCAAAGCACGAACUGUGCUCAGUUCCUCCCCAGAAGGAUGCUCGCUCCUCCUGUGACCUGUGUGGAUGGUCUCAGUGUGAGGCAGCCAAGAGCAGCUGUGCCCGCAGAGCUGGAGUGAAUCCUACCACAGUCUCUUCACAGUAACCCGCUUGCACUUCACGCAGACUACUGAAAAGAAUCUCAUCAUAUAUAUAAAUUUAUAAAUAAAUAAAAAAAAUAGGUUCACGAGCUUGCUGCAGAAGAUAGGGAGAUGCUCUCUGUGUUUUUAAAGGGCCAGCUUGCAAGGGCCAGCCUUAAACCUCAGCACAGGAAAGCUGACGGGUCACAUCAUUCUAGGUGCUGAAGCCCCCCAGGUCCAACCAUUGCACACACCAGGAAUGGGAGGCGUGGGAAGGUUCAGUGAAGAUUUAAAAAAUUUGCAUAGUUACUGGAAGAACAGAGACUUAAGCCCUAGUUUCCUGACAGGAAAUCCUGCACUUGCUUCCAACUGCCUUUUAUCCAGAUGAUGGUCUUUGUGUCUGAAAAAGCCUGCAGAUGGCAACGGGGCUCUUCCCCAAGAGGGAGACGAGACUCGAGGUAAUUGUCGGUAAGAGUGGACUUUGGGGGACACUCCUUUCUCCUCUUCGGAUUCCUUUUCGUGGCCACCUGAGCACGCCGGCUCCGGGGCUGGGAGCAAGGAGCCAUCCGCCGGCUCCAGGCUCUCCUCACACACAGCUGCUCAAACAGUGAGCUGAGCUGCAGGGCUUGGAGUUCACUGUUCUCCCUGCCAGACCGACCUCUGUUGUAAAUUUCCCUCCCGGAACACGUGACGAUGCAUUUCUUGACUAUAUAUCCCCAGGGCAGCCGCGGAGCCGAGCUGUCAGAGGCUCAGCCCGCCGCGAGGAGGACGCUCUUGGACUUGGCCACUUAGCAAACUCAGGGCUUGGGACGAAUUUGCCAGCGUUUGACCCUGGCCCAGCGAGCAGCGCUUCCAUGCUGAGGAUGGAGCCCCUGAACAGCACGCACCCCAGCACCGCGCUCCCCGGCACCCCCCUCGAGUCCCACGACACCAGCGGAAGGGACAGCGGCAAGGGGAACGAAUACGUCUACAUCCUCGUGGUCAUGUCCUUCUACGGCAUUUUCUUGAUCGGGAUCAUGCUGGGCUACAUGAAAUCCAAGCGGCGGGAGAAGAAGGCCAGCCUGCUGCUGCUGUACAAGGACGAGGAGCGGCUGUGGGGCGAGGCCAUGAAGCCCCUGCCCAUGAUGGCGGGGCUGCGGUCGGUGCAGGUGCCCGCUGUGAUGCUGAACAUGCUGCAGGAGAGCGUGGCGCCCGCGCUGUCCUGCACGCUCUGCUCCAUGGAGGGGGACAGCGUGAGCUCCGAGUCCUCCUCGCCCGACGUGCACCUCACCAUCCAGGAGGAGGGGGCCGACGACGAGCUGGGGGAGGAGAACUCGGAGACGCCCCUGAACGAAAGCAGCGAGGGCUCCUCGGAGAACAUCCACCAGAAUUCCUAGCACUCCCAGGGCCUCCGGAGGUGGCCCCGUCAGCAGAGAGGAAGGGCGCUUUUCACGUCUGGUUUCACUUUUGCAGUGAGGCUGCCUCUUUGAAGAGACCCCUCGGCAGGCCCCUGCGUGGGGAUGGUGGGGGCACAGGAGUCCGUGCCGUGCCUGUGGUGCGAACCGCCACAGCCAAAGCCCUGAAGACGUGCCGGGGGCACAUUUACUUGGGGCCUGGGGCUGGGGUGCCGGGUCAGAAUCUGGCAGGUCCAGGUGCUUGCUCAGUGUUUUCUCACUGGAUGCCCUGGCUAACUCCGGCAGCUUCUGCCCACUCCCAGGGACAUGCUGGGACACUACUUUUGAUUGAUUGAUUUGCCUAGAGCUUUGUCGUUCUCCAUCUGAUUGGCUGUAAGUACCUCUGUGGUGUGCCUGUGGCAUUCAUUCACCAGUGACAGUGCUUCUGGCCUCUUGGGUUGGGAGGGUGACGUUGAAAGGAGGACUUUCCAUGGGAGAAAGCUGGAGAUCUGAACUCGGCCCGUUUGCAUAUAAUAAGGGUAACAGAGGGCAACCUUUAAAAGUGUUAACAUUGGCUAGGAUUAUAAGGCUUGACCCUUUCUGUAACCCACAACCUUGAACUCUGACCUGGGACCAUCCCACUGGCAUGAAGUUUUUUUUGGUUGGAAGAGCUCUCCAGAAUCUAACCUGCACUCCUAAUGGCCAUGCAGGGGACUCCUCCUGAUCUUCCCAGAAAGGGUACUGAUGGGGUUGAAUGAAGCCAACCCUUAGCUCUACUGCUGCUCAACUCUCAGCCUGAUUUUCUGAGCUGGGAGAGGACAUAUGGCGGGCCGCCUUUUGUCACGUAGCCGAGACUGAGAAGGGCAUACUCAGGCAGAAGUCACACAAAGCUGGGGUCCACGUUCUGUCCCUUGACCCCCGAGCCCUGACACUGGUUUGCUGUGUGGUCCCGGGCAUGUCAUCAAGAGGCUUACCGCCUGCCUGAGACUCCUGACGGUCUGCGUCCCCAGGGGGCUGGGAGGAUGUCUUUAGAUUUUAAGCCUCUGUGAUAAAUCCUGCAUGGCCUGGUGUGAGGAAGCUUGGACCAGAUAUUUCCCCCUUGGCCAGUUAGUCUGCAAAAGGAUUUGCUUAUUUAAAGGAGCAGUUGGAGACUAGGAAGGCAGGGCACUGGGAAAUUCAGGGAGAAUCACCCCCUCAUCCAGGCUGUCGUUUUUUCCCAGCAGUGAACCAAAAUGCGGAUGCCACAUUUUACGCGGUCUGCAAAGUUCUCUCUGGGUGCUGGAAUGUUAACCCUCCAGCGGAGGGAACGAGAGACCCAAAAGGAAACACUCAGGAAUGCUUGCCGACAUCUCCGGGUAUUCCUGUGGUCGGAAUUCCUUUGCAGCAGACCCUAUGGGCCCUUGAAUAUGAGAACCAAGAGAAAUACACCAAAAGUCAAAUUUAAUUAUAGUAAAAACAAAAUUUUUUUUUUUAAAUUAAAAGAAAUAUUCUCCCUGGGUUGGAGACAGCAAUAACUACUGUUCCCAUGGAAGGGUUAACAGUGGAGGAGCUGGUUUACCAGCUCGCCUUAACACAGUGCUAGAGGAAAUUUAUGUUUGGGGGGGGGGGGGAGGGAAGGGGCCUCUGUUCACUUUAAAAUCCAGAAUGUGGAUUUACUCCAAAGGGGGCUGUUUAAGGUGAAAGAAGCCAAGUUCAGUUGGCCCCUUGCCUGGAAUCACUUGAAUUCUGAAACUUUACUGCGACGGACAUGUGCGUGGUCACAUUUUCCAUUGCUUCAUCCUGAAGUUCGGUGCACAUCUAGCUGCGCCUAUUAAAAUAGUGAUGUAUAUACUUCCUUCUUAUUCUAUUAAGUUGUAUAAAAUGGUCUUCUGUAUUUAACAGUUUGUCAUUUUCACUAUAUUUUUUAAUUUAAAUAAACAAACACAUUUCCCUGA